GCAGCGGCGGAUCUUUCCACGGCGCAGCCGCCCUCCGUGCCCGGCAGCUGCUGGUUCGAGUUCGAGCGGGACGCCGCGGCUCUCUUCCCGCAGCAGUUGGGUGGUGAGUGAGGUGAGGGAGAGAGAGAGAGAGAGAGAGAAAGAAGGGGCGUUGGUCAGGACGCAGCUCUUCUCCGACUUUCGCUCGCCAUGAGUCCCGAGGAGAAGCCGCCGCCGCCCCCACCGACCCGCUCCCGCGGGAGCCGCGCCCCCCACCAGCAGCGGCGCCGAGGACUUUUGACGGAGAUUCGCACCCCCAUCCUCACCGAGCCCUUCCAGGAGCGCUACAGCCUCAGCCCCGGCCGCGAGCUUGGCAGGGGGAAAUUUGCAGUGGUAAAGAAGUGUGUGAAGAAAGAGACCGAAAAAGAGUUUGCAGCAAAAUUCAUGAGAAAAAGAAGAAAGGGACAAGAUUGCAGGAUGGAGAUUAUUCAUGAGAUUGCGGUUCUGGAACUGGCACAACGCAAUCAUUGGGUUAUUAACUUACAUGAAAUAUAUGAAACUCCAACAGAAAUGAUUUUGGUUUUGGAAUAUGCUGCCGGAGGAGAAAUCUUUGACCAGUGUGUAGCUGAAAGAGAAGAUGCCUUCAAAGAAAAUGAUGUCAAGCGUCUCAUGAGGCAGAUUUUAGAAGGAGUUUCAUUUUUACAUCGAAAUAAUGUAGUUCACCUUGACUUGAAGCCCCAGAAUAUUCUGCUAACCAGUGAAUCACCAUUGGGAGACAUUAGGAUAGUUGACUUUGGUCUUUCCAGAGUAAUGAAGAAUAGUGAAGAGCUAAGAGAGAUUAUGGGAACACCUGAAUAUGUGGCUCCAGAAAUUCUAAGUUAUGAUCCAAUCAGCACUGCAACAGAUAUGUGGAGCAUUGGAGUGCUAACGUAUGUCAUGCUAACAGGGGUAUCACCUUUCUUGGGAAAUGAUAAGCAAGAAACAUUCUUAAAUAUAUCUCAGAUGAAUUUAAAUUACUCCGAGGAUUUUGAUCUUGUAUCGGAAUCUGCUGUGGAAUUUAUCAAAUCUCUUCUGGUUAAAAAACCUGAGGAACGGGCAACAGCAGACGAAUGCUUGCUACAUUCUUGGCUAGCACAAACUGAUGUUCCUGAUACUAUAUGCUGGAUUAAAGACACAGAAGAGGAGGCCAAUAUUGUUACUGUAAAUGAAGAAGAUUCUGCUUCUGAAAAUUCUACAGAUGGUGAAAAAACAGAAGACUCAGGAGUGACAGAAGAGCUCAUUGUAGUGGCAUCAUAUACACUGGGCCAGUGUAGGCAGUCAGAAAAAGAUAACAUUGUUGAACAGAAAACCAUUUCCAAGCGGUUUAAAUUUGAGGAACCAUUGUUGCAAGAAAUACCUGGAGAAUUCAUUUACUGAAUUACUGCUCUUGUGACUUUGUGUGACUGGUCCUUUUUCACAAAGCCAAUCUAUGUAUAGCCAAAUACAUAUUUAUAUGCAGCUAUCAUUCUAGAUAUAGUAGGGGAAAAACAUUCAAAUGCAAACUAGAAACUGUGCCAAACAUCUUAUUUUUCUGUGCUUAGUACAUGACCAGUGGCUCUUAUAGAGAAGACCUGCUUCCUGUUGGUAUGUGUAAAAUAUUUGAACCACACCUUCUGUUUAAUAGGGAUUUAUAGAGCUAUUCCUGUAAAAAGUUACCAUUGGUAGGUAUUUCAGUUGUUUGGACAUGCUUUUUCACCUAGUAAAAGAACAAAAUUAAUUAGGAUUCAUGCAUAUGCUUUCUUUAGAUAUAGUAAGCUAGAUACAUUAUUUCAUGUUGGCUUCAUCCUGAACCCACCCCCACUUCAGCUUGUAGUAGUUUGGUUUUGAGACUAACUCAUAAGAUUUAAAUAAAGGCUGGAGGGGGAAAUAAAACUGCUACUUGGCAUUUUACCCUAUGCUGGAUUAUUCAGACUUCUCACAUUUCCAUAUUAUGAAUAACUUUGCUUCCUUUCUUGUGAAUAGAGCCCUUAUCUGUAAUCUGUCAUGAAGCUCAGUGCUUGUAAGAAGCACUAAGUUAAAAAUUAGUGCUACAUGUGGGAGGGGUGGUCUUUUUAGAAUAAGUUUGUUAGUUUUGCUCUCUGAUCUAAAUACUUGUUCUGUAUCUAACAGUGGACAAGUAAAGCUGUUCCAUAAUUGUUAGGUAAGGCCAUGUCAUUAAAAAGUAAGCUUUUUCAGUUUACCAUGUACAUGAAAUCACCUCUUGCCUGCACUUAGCCAGUUGGCCCUUAUUGUUCCUGCCCCAAACAUCCAUUAUUCCUGCCUAAAGUUUUCUUUUAUGAAACUAGAUUCUUCACAUGUAUUUUGUUGCUUCUGUUUUUGCUCUGCAAGGUUUUCCAGUGCUCAUUGGUCAUCUUGGAAGAUUACCAAAAUCAUGCAGGAAGAGAGAUAUGCUAAUCUGCCACUAGGCAGAUAAACUCUUUUUCAGUCUAGCUAUAAAAGACACAAAGAUGCUAUAGUUUAUGGAUAAAGAACACAUUGAAAUCUAGUGACGUUCAGAGUAUGCAUUGUGUAGCAUUCCUUAAUUUUGUCUGUUAUCAGUUCAUCUGUUUCUUUUUAGCAGAAGCAGCAUUUGUCUUCUAAAACAAUCCAUUGGUACAGCCACAUAGUUCCUGCCAAAUUAGGUAACUGGUUGGUUUGGAAAUAUUGUAUUAUUGAAAAACUUGAUCCAAGCUGAAUAAUUUAUCUUGUAAAUUAUUGAUUUCUAUAAAGUAAUUGAAACCAUGUAGAACAUCACAAAAUCUGAAAAAAAUACCAGGGUGAAUGCAGCAUACUACUUUUAUGAGUAACAGUUAAAGUUUGUGUAGAUGUCUAACUUCAGACAUCCUGGAGAGCUAUAAGUGCUUCUCACUUUUCCAGAGGUUCAUGCUUUUUUAUAUCAUUUAUGAAAUCUAGAUUAAAACAAAUCUUUCGUGCAUGUCUUAGAAUUCACAUAAAGUGAAAAUAACCUUACUUUCUGACUCAAAAAUGGAAAACAUGGUUCCCAGUUUUUUUCCUUGUCUAAAGAGAUGAAUUUAGUAAAGAAAUGAAGUUUAAUUCAUGUUUAAAAUUAUAUCUGAGAAGCCAAUACAGUUAUAAAUUUGCAUAGCUAGGAAAAUUAAAUAGCAUUUGCUAGCUCAUUUGCUGUUGUAAAGGAUAAUCAUUUUCCAACACAAAGUUUAAAAGGCAGUCUUUUAGCUGCACAGCAGUGGAAAGAGGAAUCCUAAUACCUUUUCAUUUGUAUUGUACAAUAGUAAACUUAUUAAUUAUUUAAGUUGUGAAUUUUAAUGUCCUGCUUACAAGGCCGGCAUUUUGGGUUGGCUGCUUGAUGACUUUUCUGUAUUCUGUAUUGUAUUAACUUGCUGUGCCUUAAGUUGGGUUUUUGUACAGUUAUCAAAUUGUUUCAUAUAUGUAUAAUGUUACAGAAGUCUAACAUAACUUAUAAGCAAAGCCUAUGUCCAUCUGUUCAUCUAAAAAGUAUGUAGCGAGGUCACCUACUAAUUUUACAAAAAGAAUAUUAUUCAUUUCUAGUAUAUUUUGUGAGCAUGCAGUUGCAAAGUAAAUGUCUAAGUUGAAGGCUCUAUUGUCUUGAAAUAAUUUGGAACCAAAUAAUAUAUUUUAGAGUCAUAUUAUCCCAAGAUACCAAUUUCAAAGGUCCUAUAGCAGAAAAAUUAACAUUAUGAAAAAACGAAGUAAUAAGUGUAUGACUGGAAAAACUAAAAUUCUCCAAGUGUUAAUAAUGAAUGUCUAUAAUGAAUGUCUAUAAUGUUACUUCCCCAUGCAGUUCUUUGUGACUGUUUUAUAUUCUAAAAUGGGCAACCCAAUCUAUAAACUAUGAUGCUACCCCUGAA